CUGUACAGAGCAUCACUCCUGCACACACGCACUGACACACACACACACGCGUGCUGCAGCUCCUGAAGCAUUUUGGAGUGUCGAUGCAAGGAGGCUGGAGCUGAGCCUCGUACGCAAGGAAGGGAGGAAGGAAGGAAGGAAGGAAGAAGAAGAAGGGAGUAAUAAACUCACGGCAAAGACAACAGGGUCCAGGUUGACAAUGGGCAAUGCAGCUUCACAAGACCCCGAGCAUCCUGGCGCACACAUGAUCUCGACAGACGACGCCGAGUACCCGCGGGAGUUCAGGACGCUGGGGAGCGGGGGGGCUGUGCGGCGCUUCUCCAGCGCGGGGCUGGUGCACACGCCCGAGCGAGUCCAGAGCCUGGAGGCAGUCAGCGGUCUGCCCAGGAGAGAAUCCUUCCUGCCCCCGCACCACCAGGGCUCACCAGCAGGGGGCAUGAGGGUCCAGCAGGACAGGGUGCGAGAGCAGCAGCAACCCAACUACUGGAGCUUUAAGGCCCGCAGCCCCAGGCACUCCCAGAGCACCCAGUCUGGGCUGGCGGACCAGGCCAGCAAGCGCUCCUUCGCCUCUGCUGAAUCCCUAGAGACCAUGUCUGAGGCCGACAUUCCCAUCGGAUUCAACCGGACGAACCGGCUUCGACAGAGCCUCCCGCUCUCCCGAUCCACCAGCCAGACCAAGCUGAGGAGCCCGGGCGUGCUGUUCCUGCAGUUGGGAGACGAGACGAGGCGCGUGCACGUCACCCAGGAGCUGAGCAGCGCGGACGCGCUCCACGCCCUCAUCACCCACAUGUUCCCGCAGAAGCUGACCAUGGGCAUGCUGAAGAGCGGAAACACGGCCAUCCUCAUCAAGGACGAGGCGCGCAACGUCUUCUACCAGCUAGAGGACGUGCGGGACAUCCAGGACCACAGCGUCCUCAAGAUCUUCCGCAAGGAGCCGCUCUACGCCUCGUACCCAGCCUCGCACCUCGCCAACGGGGACCUACAGAGAGAGAUGUUCUACACCUCACGUGAUUCCUCCCCAACCCGAUGGCUCCCCAACAGCAUCUCCCCCUCCCCUCACCUCUCCUUCUCCCCUCCCUCCUCCUCAUCCUCCUCUCCGUCCCGCUCCCGUCUCUCCUCCACUGGGGCUGGGGGCAGACCCACCUCCUACGCCGGCCCUUCCCACACCGGGCACCCGCAUCACCACCCCCCCUCCUCCUCGGGCCAGGGUCCCCCUCCCGGCGCCAUCCUGGAGCGACGAGACGUGAAGCCAGAUGAGGAGCUGUCGGGGCAGGGGGUGCUGCUGAAGAGCGAGGGUCUGUACGCAGACCCCGACGGGCUGGUUCACGAGGGCAGGCUCAGCAUCGCCUCCACGCAGUCCCUGGCUGCCUUGGGGGACCCCUUCACCUGCCCCGUCUCCAGCGGGCUGUACCGGAGGGGCUCGGUGCGCUCCCUCAGCACUUACUCCGCCCUGCAGGGGGAGCUGGAGGACGUGCUGUACAAGCCGGGAGGGGCCCGGUACCCAGAUACCUACGCCCCCGCUUCCUCCAUCGGCGUGGGCUUCCGGCCCUCCUCCUCCUCCUCCUGUUCCUUGCCCCAGAAGAUACCGGACGGGCAGCAGCUGAGAGACAGGGGGGACCCCUCCUCCCCCUCCUCCACCUACUCGGGGUCCCCCAGCCGCGCCUCCCUGGUGUGCCAGGGCUUCAAGAAAGACUCAUCCUCCAUGUUCGUGGAAAGCCCCAAGUCCCGCUCGGACCCCCCAGCUCUCUCGGGGAGGCUCAGCUCUGCGGGGAGCAGCUCCCCCCUGCCUGCCAACGGAAGUGAGACAAAGGAGAGGAUGGCAGCUAUGGAGAAGCAGAUCGCCAGCCUGACCGGCUUGGUGCAAAGCGUACUGACCCGGGGCCCGGACAGCGACUGCAAUGAGAAGACCGAUUCCACGAGCGAGGGGCUGGGGGCUGGCAGUAAGUGUCACUCAUCCCUCACCCCCUGGAGGGCGUCCGAGGUACCGAGGGGGGGGGGGGGCCGCCCGAGGCGGAGGGGGGGGGAGGCGUCGAAUGCAGUCUCCAAUGCAGUCACACAGAUGCAGAUGCAGCUGCACCUGCGUGGCCUGCAGCAGAACACCAGUGACCUGCGAAACCAGCUCAGCCAUCUGCGCAAGAUGCAGCUCCAGAACCAGGACUCCGUGCGGACCAUGCUGAAGCGCACGGAGACGGAGAUCAGUGUGCGCGUGACGGACGCUCUGCGCAGACAGGAGGACCCGCUGCAGAGACAGCGCACCCUGGUGGAGGAGGAGAGACUCAAAUACCUGAACGAGGAGGAGCUGAUUAUACAGCAGCUGCAUGGCCUGGAGAAGUCAGUGGGUGAGAUCCAAAAAGACUCCUCGGUGAAUCCCAGGCUGGUCUCAAUGCAGGAGCUGGAGGAGAAAGCGCUGGAGCUACGCAAACUGGGAGAUACACUGAUGGAGCUAAAGAGUCAGUUCCCCAGCCUGCAGAGUAAGAUGCGUGUGGUGCUGAGGGUGGAGGUGGAGGCAGUGAAGUUCCUGAAGGAGGAGCCUCAGAGACUGGACGUCCUGCUGAAGCGCUGCAAGAGCGUCAUGGACACACUGACCAACCUGCGCAGGCAGGUUAACGAAGGGAUCUGGAAAAACCAUGAAGACCUGGCUAAUCAAUCCCCGAAACUCAUUGAUGAUUUCAGCAAAAACUCGGACUUCCACAUGUCCAGUCUCUCCUCCUGGCAAUCCCACAGUGCCUCGAGGCUGGGUUCCCAGAAUUCGCAGAGCUCCCAGACCGGACCAGUCAAGAGCAGAGCGCUGGAUGAGCUGGAGGGCCAGAAGACAUUGGACAAGUCUGUCUCUGUGGAGGCUGCGGAGAGGGACUGGGAGGAGAAGUGUGCCAGUCUGACGCAGUACAGUGCUCAGGAUAUUAACCGGCUGUUGGAGGAGACGCAGGCUGAGCUCAUGAAAGCCAUUCCCGAACUCGACUUCAUUGCCAAGCAACAGAGGCUGUCCAGGGGGGUGUCGGGGGGUCAGGGAGCGGCAGUUACUGUGGCAAUGGUGCAGAGCGCCAGCGGCAAUGCCAGCCCCACCCCCGAACACCGGCCUGGCAAACCACAACACCCCGCCCAGAAACUCAAUACAAAGACAGAGCACAUCCUGCACAGAGGAUCGGCGUGCCUCUUCGGGGAGGUUCAGGGGUGGGGGUUGGGGUGGGGCGGCGUCGAAGGGGAGGAGGGUGCCCGAGUGGUGACCACACGCAGCGCUGAGGUCAUCCUCACCAGCAAGAGCAUGAAGUCGGACUCUGAGGAGACAGAGUCUUUGCUGAAGCCUCAGGUGAAGCUACGGAGGAGCGUGUCCGAGGCGCCCCAGCCAGCCUCCACCCCCACCAUCGCAUUGGGGGUGCGAGACAAGAACGAGGAGGGCAGGAUCAUCACAGAGCUCGAGACUCGCAGUGGGUCCUCCCCCACCACUAGGGGGCUCCACUCAGCAGCCUCCAGGCUGAAACACAUUCAGCAGAGCAGCCCAGAGAAGAGCAAGCAGAGCAGGGCCCGGGAGGAGUGCGGGAGACUGCAGGGCCAACAGCAGGCCCUCAGAUCCAGCAAAAUGCCCUUGGAGCCUCUGCAGCCCCCGUCUUCCAAGGCUGCAUGUUUUGGUGAAGACAGCAGCGUGUUCGCGCCGGGGUUGAAAAAAUCCCUCCAGGACCGUGGUGACUCCUCCUGUUCUCCUCUCCCCUCCUCCAGUCGCUCCCUCUCCUCGAGCCCGGCCAGGUCUCUGCUCUCCAGCCUCUCUGCCGAGGCAGUCCUCUCCUCCAGCUUCAAAGAGAGGCUGGUGAAGGAACCCUCCCCCCCCCCCUCCCUGCUCCCCAUGACCGAAGGCCACCCAACAGUUUCCUGUCCCCCCCCUGCCCCUGCCCAAUCGGGCCCCCUCUCCUCUCUCUCCCUCUCCCUCUCCUCACUUGGACUUAAGUCCAUGCUCAACAGCUUCAAGGAGAGGGGGGCCAGCCACAAAUCCACGCAGUGACACAGCCACGCAAGGAAACGAGAGAGAGACAGAGAGAGAGAGAGAGAGAGAGAGAGAGAGAGAGAGAGAGAGAGAGAGGAGAGAGAAGAGAGAGAGAGAGAGAGAGAGAGAGAGAGAGAGAACACCACGGAGCCACUCCAGGAAAUGGAGAGAGAAGGAAAUACAAACGACCAUGGAGAGAAAGACAAUAAUACUUCUUCAGUGUGCUGAGCUGCAGGUCUGAUCGACUGUUCUACGCAAUCACACAGCAGAUGCAUUGUGUAUAUACAGGGUUGAAAGAGGUGUAACUCCAGUGCACAAAGAUGAAACAAAUGAAAA